AUGAAAGAGAGUGGUAGAAAACAAGGUACCAUGUCGCCAUGUGCGGCUUGCAAGCUUCUCCGAAGGAGGUGCACCAGGGAUUGUGUGUUUGCUCCUUAUUUUCCUGCUGAUGAACCCCAGAAGUUUGGUAGUGUGCACAAGGUUUUCGGGGCUAGCAAUGUGAACAAGAUGCUACAGGAAUUACCUGAGCACCAAAGAAGUGAUGCAGUGAGUUCAAUGGUGUACGAAGCGAAUGCAAGGGUGAGGGACCCUGUUUAUGGAUGUGUGGGAGCCAUAUCCUCUCUGCAACAACAAGUUGAUGUGCUCCAAACCCAACUGGCACUGGCACAAGCAGAGGUUGUGCACAUGAGAAUGCGCCAAUUCUCACCACCACCAAAUCAAGACCACCAUCAAGCCUGCCUAGUGGCUCCUGAACCCUCCAAUUCAUCAUCAGAAAACUUGUUCCAAUCAUCAAGCAGGCUCUUGUCUUCGCAAACCAAGUCCCUUUUAGGCAUGGACAUGGGGCAAUCCUUGUGGUUAUACUAG